AACUUUUGUACAGACCAAAGUACUAUGCACGUAAAUGAGUGCCUUAUCUUCAACAAGUAAAGAUCUAGUAUAAAUAGACAUUUAUCUCUCAAAACAGUGUUUUAGAAUGACAGAGAUCAUGGCUAAUCGAGGUACUGCUCAAAGGCCAAAUGGUUCAACACAGGGAAAAAUAUGUCAGUUCAAACUCGUGUUACUAGGAGAAUCUGCAGUUGGAAAAUCAAGUUUGGUUCUUAGGUUUGUUAAAGGACAGUUCCAUGAAUAUCAGGAAAGCACGAUAGGAGCUGCAUUUUUAACGCAAACUGUAUGUUUGGAUGACACGACUGUAAAGUUUGAGAUAUGGGACACAGCAGGUCAAGAACGUUAUCACAGUCUUGCACCAAUGUAUUAUCGAGGUGCUCAGGCAGCAAUUGUUGUAUAUGAUAUUACAAAUCAGGACACAUUUGUGCGUGCACAAACGUGGGUAAAAGAAUUGCAACGGCAAGCCAGUCCAAGUAUAGUUAUAGCAUUAGCAGGCAAUAAAGCAGAUCUCACAAACAAAAGAGUCGUUGAAUAUGAUGAAGCUCAAGCAUAUGCUGAUGAAAAUGGUCUUUUAUUUAUGGAAACAUCAGCCAAAACAGCAAUGAAUGUUAAUGAUAUAUUUUUAGCAAUUGCUAAAAAGCUUCCGAAAAAUGAGCAGUCAGGAAGUGCAAGUACAAGUGGGCAAGGCCGUCGGCUCGUUGAAUCAGAAGGGCAAAAAGCAGCAACCGGCAAUUGCUGCAAGUGAUUAUCCAAACCUGUACGUGUUAUAUUUAAUAUCGAUAUUUAUAUGACUAUGAUAAUUGGCUAUUUUUAAACUAUUUCUACAACAAAGUAGAGUAAUUAUGCAAUAUUCAGUAAUUGAACAUUUUUCAAAACUGAAAUUACUAUUACAUGAUAUAUCUAUAAAUUUUUAUAAAGGAGAAACAGUUUACUAAAAGUUAGCCUGAAUUUAAUGUUAUUUUCACUAGGAAUAUCUAAUAGUUCAAUAUACGUAAAAUAUAUUUUAUUAUUAUUCUUAUUUCUAAAGUAUAUAUUCCUAAAUCUUCAUUUUUGUUUAUUCAGCAAAAAAUCAACCUUAGGUUGUAUAUUACAUUGUACAAAAGAUAAGAAAUCUUUGAAUAAUAUAUUUGCAUUUAACAUAGAACAGUAUAUGCUUAAAGGAUAUUGUAUUGUUUGAUGAAAUAAUUAUAUAAUCUAAAUGGUAUGUCUGUAUAAUAUCUACAUAAGAUGAUGAAAGUUAUAUAAAAGGAUAUUAAAAAUUUACGUUUAUCUAUAUUUUAAGUAUUAUGAUUGAUAAAAUUUCAUAGAAUAUUUUAUGUAAUAUUCAUAUUAUACUAUUGUUUUUAAAUGACAAUCAUUCCAAUAGUUAAUUAAAUGUUUCUUUCCUAGAUAAAUUUAUUGAUAGAAAAGCUUUUUAUAGUUUCUGUUUUUUUUUAAUCGUGCAACCAAAUUCAAUAUUGGUUGGACAAUUAUUAUUUUCCUAAUUCUAUUAUAAUAAGAUAUAUAUGUUCAUAGUUCUGUGAUUUAAACUUCAAUACUAUUCUACAUUUUUAUAUCUUUCUGAUAGUGCCUUUUAUUCUUCUUCAGUGCAGUCGUCUUCGUAUUCUAUUUAUAACAAUACGUCAUUGUGAACUAACUUUUACAAAUCUGCCGUGUGGCGACAUUCGCUAUGCAUAAUGUGAAAGCGUCAAUCUUUCGCCAAAAUUGAUGUACUAUGUUAUAUAGAGUUUAUCUUAAUUUAAUAAAAAAAAACGAAGUACAUAGAAAAAGUUUAAAAGUUAGUUACGUUGAUUCAAAUUGUUGAUUUUCACUACAAAUAUUAUAUGAAUGAAGACAAAAAAUGUUAUACUUAAGACCAAACACACCAUUUUAUAUAUACAUACUGAAUGUGCAAUCUUGUGGUGUAUUUCUUUUGCCUUAUCAAACUAUUUUAUGUUAUAUAAAUUAUUUUUUGGUAAUUUAGUUUACAGUUUUUGUUAAUAGGUACUUUCAACAUUAGCAAUAUGAUAUGAACAAUGCAGGCUGUAAAAUUAAUUUUUUCUGGUGUAUCACUUUUUGUGCCACUUACGAAUGAAUAUUUCUCUAUAUUUCGUAAUAUAUAGAUGUAUUUCCAAUUCAAAACUGUUGGUAAAUAAUAAUAUUUAUUCAAUGAA